AUGUCCUUGAUAUCUCGAUUUCAGUAUUCUCAAAACUUUCUGCGGACGUCUCUUCGCAAAGCAGGUCGGAUAACCCUUAAGUGCAAGUUUUCCAAGAUGUUCAAGGUCUUUUUGGUGAGAUACGGUGAGGAACUGCGCUACCGAAUGGUGCAUGAAUCAGGCUCCAGUCUGAAAGAAACUUAUAUCCCACAACUAGGCACAUCCGGUAUAUUGGAAGAUGCGCCUCGCCGAGCUGAGUUGAAUGACAUUCUUGAGAACUCAUGGGACUACGCUACAGGUGCUAACUUCACUAUUUCUGGUCAAGAUAUAGUAACUUCGGUUAAUUUUUUGAACGAGAACUUUGAAAUCCUGAAUCUUGGUAGAUUCGGUCCUGUUGAAGGCGUCAAACUCGUCAUUGUGAUCCAGGUGCACAAUCGAUCCAACUAUCUUGGAUACCUUAUUGAAUCUUUGCGAAGUGCGAAAGGCAUACAGGACGCUCUACUCGUGUUUAGUCAUGAUAUUAAUGUUGCUGUAAUCAAUGAGAUGGUCAGGAAUAUUACUUUUGCUCGGGUGAUCCAAAUAUAUUAUCCAUAUAAUACGCAGCUGUUCCCCCAUAUAUUCCCAGGACAAGAUUUCAGAGACUGUCCUGAAAGGAUCGGGAAGACAGCCGCUGAGGCAAUGCGUUGCCAAAAUUACGAGCAUCCAGACAAAUACGGGAAUUACCGAGUUGCAAAACUUACUCAAAUCAAGCAUCACUGGUGGUGGAAGAUGAAUUUUGUAUUUGAUGGUAUUUACGAUCGCUACGCUCUUACUGAGCCUUGGGUUCUGCUUCUUGAAGAAGAUCACUUUGUGGCACCUGAUGCGUUACAUGUUCUCGACAAGAUUAUACAAAACAGAAAAACCUACUGCGAGAAAUGCGAGAUCAUUUCCUUGGGCUUUUAUCUCAAAUCUUAUACUAAUUAUGGAAAUCAUAUUGCAAAACUUGGUGCACAUCCAUGGUAUAGUUCAAAGCACAAUAUGGGCAUGGCUUUUCGUCGCGAAACCUGGAUGAAGGUCAAAAAUUGUUCUGAGCUUUUCUGCAAAUACGACGACUACAACUGGGAUUGGUCGCUCAUGCAUGUGGUGGUCAAAUGUCUUUCUGAACGGUUUAGAGUGAUUUUUACGAAGAGUCCGAGGGUCAUACACAUUGGUGACUGCGGUGUGCACACACAUAGAUGUAAUGCACACAAUGCCUACGCUGCUGCCGUCGAGGUUAUGCGGAAGCAUGCCGGUGUCUUAUUCCCUGAGCAACUUACUGUAGCAGAUGUCUCCCGGCGUUCUCCCAAACCUUCAAAGGAGAACGGAGGUUGGGGUGAUGUUCGCGAUCACGCGCUGUGCAGAGCUAACACAUAUCCACUGAGUACCGCUGCUCAUAGAAUACCCGAGCUGUCGGAUUUGCUGAAAUCCACUGUCCACAUUGGUCCAAAUGCCACAAGGAAAGGAGUAUUGUGACCGGCAUAUUCGCAGUUAGAUUCUAGUCAGGCACUUCAAAUAGUUUAUCGUUUUCAUCAGGGUUUCCAAAUGUUGUUUUCUCCAUGCGUGUCUCUUUCCUUUCUUCUUGGUUCCUUUCAUUUUAGGAGUGUUGCUUCCUUAAUCAUUCUAAUUUACACACCUCAAUCUUGAUAAUACGGGUAAUCAGUAUUGCGUAUAUGGUUCUUACAACGCGAUGUUCAUGGCAUUUCAUUACGGCUUUGAUUUCUUGCCUACUCUCAUAUUCUCUUCAGUUGCUGUCACAGUUUUCCGGUGGACGAUGUUAAAUACCUCGUUUUCCAGUGAUAUGUUCGAACUUUCAGUCAUUCUGUACCGUUGUGCAUAAUUUGCUCUGAGCGCCGGGUUUUGCUUUAUUAUAGGUGGACUUUUUCUGUACAUGAAAACUGGACUGUAUGGUAUCAUUACGGGUCUUAUAAAUUGUUUACCCAUACUUUUUUGUCCUGUUAUGCGAG